AUUUAUAUAUAAUAUAUAAUAUAUUAAUUAUAUUUCAUUGGAGAAAAAGGGAAUACUUCUGGAUACGCCCGUUUUUGCACUUUGGAGACUACAGAAAGGUCACCUAUUAGUAGCACCAUUUCCUCAACAGCAAGUCGCAAAAGAAGUCGCGAAGAUAUUUCAACAAUAAGCGAUGGUCCUACGAGCAAAAUAAAAAUGGCUAGACAGGACAACGGAAUCCCAGAAACCUAUAGGGGACGGAAUGGUUGGGAUAAUAAUCCUACAGCAUAUCAAUUCUACUACACUUUCAGAAGACUCUGCCUCAACAUUGAUUUGAAGGUAUUAAAAGGUAAUUGCGAUAUAUUAGAUAAUACAAAAAUGCUCACUUCCUCUACCUCAAUUGCGAAACGAAAUGUGUCCCCAGAGCUGGAUCUGGGUGAUAUGGCAAUUAUUAAAAAAUAUAAUAUCGAUUAUAAUGAGCUGGUCAUAGAAGAUGAUGAAUUUAUAUAUAUAGUUGAUAUUCUACCAUCCCUGUCACUGUUGAAUGAAAAUGUAGUAGUUCACAUAGCCGGAUAUGUUGUACGGUCAAUUUAUAAACAAAUUAAAUGCACCGAAUGUCUCGAUUCAUUGGAAGAGUCGGAUUAUAAAUCAAUCGAUCGCCAACAAUUCAUAUUAUUGCGUAGGAAGGAUAGAGGUGGACUUAUAAAACCAUCCAAAGAUGUCAUUCAGGUUUGUAUGUACACAGAAAAAAAAUUCGGCAACAUAACCAAUAACCUAAUGCCGACUGAAAAGAAUUUCUUGGACACCUUUAUUAUGCAGGCUUCAUUGUUCUUGGUUCAGCAAAGAAAUAUAUUCAAAUGUUUGGAAGACCAUGUUGAAAAUGUAUUACGUACCUCAGCUAACAAAUCUUCAGAUGAUGAAGAUGAGUCUGAUUGCGACGACGAUCAUGACAACUGCGAUUAUAAAAGCAGCGAGGAAUCGGAGGAAAAUGUAAUAUACUGA